AUGAGUGGCGACGAUGUCUUCAGGAAAUUGAUUUCCGGCUCCAGAUUUAACUACAAGAAGUUUGGAUCAGAUGUGAAGAAGUUUUCCAUAAACAAAUCACAUGACGACCAAAGUUGUGUCCAAUCGGGUGAUGACAUACCACCGGUUGACGAGACAAUCGGUGGUCAGACACACAACGGGAGCGACAAACCGAAGAAGAAGUCGUCGGCGCCGAAGAGUCGGAAACAAUUGAUUGAAUUAAACACCGAAAGAGUGAAUCAAUUGCGGAAUAAAUACCGGAUUCACGUGAAGGGAAGUGAUGUCAACGAACCCAUUGUCUCCUUCGAUGAGCUGAAUGUCGACCAAAACAUAAUGGAAAACAUCCGCAAAAGUGGUUUCGGGAGUCCGACAGCCGUUCAGAUGCAGUCCAUUCCUCUCCUGAUGUCGAAGAGAGAGAUGUUGUGUUGCGCUCCGACCGGUUCCGGCAAAACAUUGGCUUUUCUUAUACCGAUUGUUCAUCAGCUGAGAGGACCGCAACGGAAGGGAUUCCGGGCCGUCAUCUUAGCGCCCACUCGAGAGUUAGCCAAACAAAUACAUCGCGAAUGUCUCUGGAUUUCCAACGGAACCGGUCUUCGCGUUCACAUCAUUAAGAAUGUGAAUUUAGCCCAAAAGAAAUUCGGCCCAAACUCUGAGCUCAUGUAUGAUAUACUGGUGACGACACCCAACCGAUUGGUAUACCUCUUAAGCCAAGAACCCGUUGCCAUCAAUAUUGAAAACGUUGAAUGGCUUGUGAUCGACGAGUGCGACAAACUCUUCGAGGAAGGCUUUCGGGACCAGUUAUCUGUCAUAUUUCAAAGCUGUGGCAAAUCGACGAAAGUAAGUCACGCCAUGUUUAGCGCCACUCACGACAUAGAGUUGGAAAAGUGGGCGAAACUUAAUUUAGAUAAUUUGGUUGCCGUCGGUAUUGGCGGCAAAAACAACGCCUCCCAAGAGGUGGACCAGACGCUCACUUUCGUCGGCAAUGAAUCCGGUAAAAUAAUGGCGUUAAGAGAUGUGAUCGCUCGCGGAUGCGAAGCACCGGUACUGAUAUUUGUGGACAAAAUACAAAAAGCCAAACAAUUGCAUAAAGAAUUGGUUUACGACGGCAUUAAUAUCGAUGUGAUUCACUCGAAACGGACACAACAGGACAGGGAUAAUGUGGUCCGCAGUUUCCGUGAGGGAAAGGUUUGGUUUCUUAUCUGCACUGAUCUCAUGGGUCGGGGAAUAGACUUUAAAGGCGUUAAUUUGGUCAUCAAUUAUGACUUCCCCUCCACUUCGGUCUCUUAUAUCCAUAAAAUUGGUCGGACGGGAAGGGCUGGUCGUAAAGGAAAAGCGAUCACAUUUUUCACUGAGAAAGAUAGCGAUAAAUUGCGAUCCAUUGCUAAUGUGAUGCGACGGUCCGGUUGUGAUGUCCCGCAGUUUAUGCUCGAACUCAACAAAAGAAAACGAAAGUUUUUUAAUAAUAAAAGAAAACAAAAUAAUAAAUCAAAAGACAAGAAAUCUAAAAAACUUAAGGCAGACGAAAGCGAUGAUAACGAUAUCGAAAGCGAUUAGUUUUAAUGAAUUUGUUAAUUAAUAAAUUGUUUAAUUUUUACUAUCA